AUGAAAAUUUUUAAGUCAAUUUUCAAAAACAAGAAGGAAGAAGCUAAUUUAGAUAUUAAAGUAGAAUAUUCUUCAAUUUAUGAUGGCAAUUCCUAAACUGUUUAAUUAGAAGACAUCAAAGCUAUCAUUUAAAAUGAAAAAAAACGAAAGCUACUUUUCAGCAGAUAAACAACUUCUAUACUUGAAGAAUUGAAAGUCUUAUACACCAUUCAUAUGAUGGUUAUUGCAGACUAAAUUAAUGAUCUUGAUUAAGUAACAUAAUGCUUUCAGCAAGGAAAGGUACAGAAUAUACGCUAAAGAAGAUUAUUUUUGGGAAGCCUUAAGAUCAAAGAAACCUAAAAACAUGUUAGGCUAACCAUACUGUAACACUCUAAACACAACAAUAACAAUAAACAAUUGUCUAUUUAAAUUCUUCAGAAGUAUUAUCUAAUAUGAUGAUUAGUUUCCUUCAUAAUUUGAUGAUAUUGAAAAAGAAUUGACCAAACUAUAUUAUUCAUAUUUACAAAGAGCUGUGAAUAAUUGUGAUAUUUAUUACUCUUCUUAAAGAAUGUAAUAUCCAUACUAAGAUGAACAUAAUAAUAGAAGAGUUUAGUAUUUAUGGUUAUUCAAAUUAUUAAAUUUACUCAAUUUUAAAUUAGCUAUGAUUCCAUAUAUUUAAAAAAUUAUUUCCAAAUAAUUACAAAUAUCUGUAUGACUAAAUAAAUUAUAAAUAGAAUAUAGUGAAAGAUAUAACAAUUCUAAUUUAUAAGGAUUGUAUUAAUGAAUACUUGUUUUUUAAGAAAGAAGUCGAAGAAUAAUUAGAAUUUUAUUCAUAAUUUAGUGUUAAAGAUGGUAGUUUAUCAUUUAUAUUCCAAAGCAAUUAGUUUUUAUGAAUUAUAUACUCAAUUGAAAUUUAUUACAGAUAGAUUGAAAUUGUUUCAUAAUAUAAGAUCAUUAUUUAUUAAGCAUGAAAAAAUUAAAGAAUUUAAUUGGUUUGUUUUAGAUAAGUAAUUAGAAAAAGAUAUAGAAACCUAUAUACAGAAAGCAAAACUAAUUAAUACAACAUAAUUCAAAAACAGUUUAUAAGUUCCAACCUAAAAAGCCGCAUAUGAGCAUCUAUCAAAAUAAUUAUUAUUACCAAAACCUUAAAAAGUAACAUAGCAACCUACUUUAAAAGGACAUUUAUUAAAAACAAGUAUUAUCUCCAGAAAAUCCAAAGAAAAAGUAGCCAUCCAAACAAAAUAGUUAGAGACUUUAUUACCAAUAUUGAUAAAAAUUAAGAUCUCAUAUAUUUUUAUAUAAAAUAAAUAAUAUAUUUAUAUAUAUUUAAUAUGAUAAUUUAAAUAUAAUUAAAAAUUUAAGUUGCAUAUAACUCAAAAUUAAUUUUCAUUUUUAUAUUAAUUAUUUUUUAUCUUAUGAUAUCUUCAAAUUAGAAUGAUUUCAGAUAAUUUAGCCAAGUAGUAGAGGUUUCAUUAAACAAUAUUGAUUAAAGUCAGAAUUUAUAUGAUAGAUUUUAAAGCAUUAAUACAGAGAAUGAAUUUGAAGAAUAAAAUCAAAUUGUCUCUGUAGAAUCAAUUAGAAUUCCAUUUAAUAAAUUAGAUUUCAUUUAAUAGCCAAUAACACCUAUGAAGUUUAUUACAUAAUUUAUUAAAAUAGGAUUAUGCCUGGAUAUAUUAAAAAGAUUAAUAAUUCUUAUAAAUUCUAUAUUUUUGACCUUAUGUUGUUGGAUGCUACAAAAAUAGGAUUAUUAAAUUAGAAAUUCAUAAUUAAUUCAGAGAGUAAGGCUCUUGUUGGAAAAAUAAAAAUAUUUGAUAAUGGAAAACUUUAUGUUUUUUAAGAUGGUGGAAUGAGUCCAAAAAAAUGUACAAAUUAAUCAUUUUAUAGAAAAUAUUUGGGAAGUAUUUGUAAAUAAAAUGAAUUAAAAGUAAUUUUAAAUUUAUCUUUUAGUGUCACAUUCCAAAAAUAAAUUAAUUAAAUAAUUAAAUAUAUUCUUAUUCCCCUGUUUAUUUUAAGAAAAACAAAGAAAUCAUUUAGUAAAAUAAUUAAUUCUUUGAAUUUUAUAACAUCUUUAAAUUUAAAAAAUAAAAUUUAUGGUCAAUUAUUUACAAAAAAGAACUCACAUCAGAUCAAUUCUUGAUAAAAAUAUAAAAAAUAGAUGAAAAAACAUUUGAAGUACUUUAUACUACACCAAUUAAUCAUUUAUAAGCAUUUUAGAUUAGUAUUUCUGUAAUACAAAUUAUUUCAUGA